AUGGGUAUAGUCAAAUGCCGUGAAAGAGCACGGUCGUCUGUGUAUUGGCCAGGUUUAAGCCGCCAAAUAGAGGACAUAGUAAAUUCAUGUUACAGGUGCGCAGAAAACAAAAACGUCCAACGAGAGCCGUUAAUGCAAACCCCUACACCGGAUCGCCCAUGGAAAAUUGUGGCGACUGACUUGUUUCACUUGAAAGGGAACACUUACUUAUUAAUUGUUGACUACUACUCGCGGUUCGUCGAAGUAGAAUUAUUAACUACGACGACAAGUGAUGUCAUAGUUGAAAAGAUGAAGGCAACGUUCGCGAGGCAUGGUAUUCCGGACACUUUGAUAUCGGACAAUGGUCCUCAAUAUGAUUCAGACGCGUUCAAAGCAUUCACAAAUGACUACGCUUUUGAACACAGAACGUCAAGUCCUCGCUAUCCACAAGCAAAUGGAGAAGCGGAACGAGCUGUACAGACCGCCAAAGCCUUGAUCAAAAAGAAUCCAGAGGAUUACCAUAAAGCACUCCUUAAUUACAGAGCGACUAAGCUAGCGAAUGGAUAUAGUCCAUCAGAGUUAUCAAUGGGGCGAAGUUUAAAAACGUCACUGCCUACCAGUGAGAGCCUAUUAAUUCCACGAUGGCCUCAGCCUGAAAUCAUACAACAAAAAGAAAGACUGAGCAGAACGAAGCAAAAGCUUAACUACGACCAUCGUCAUAGAGCCCGACCACUCAACACGCUGGCUGAAGGUGAUCAUGUGUUCAUACGCGACCAGCAGAAACGUGGCAUAAUCGCGAAAGCAGCAGACACACCCCGCUCAUUCGUUAUUGAGACUGGUAGCACCAAAGUCCGUAGAAACCGCAGAGACUUAUUGCCUACUAGUGCGCCAGUAAGCUUAAAUCGCGAUUCAAUCGUACAUGAAAGCGAAGACGAAAUGGCAAGCGACGAAUCCGUCACACCUACGCUUGUUCAGGAUACGAGACCACCGAGGCCCGAAACUUGUGUGCCAAGUGACAUUGUUAAGACUCGAAGUGGUAGAGUUAUCAAGCCACCAAAGCGACUUGACUUGUAA